GUUUAGCGCACCCAAAGCCAUUAUAUGAUAAGGUCUCCAGUUACCUGAACUAAUUCCGUCGGAUUCGCCUUCGGUAUUUAUACGUCAAGGGUCUUCGAUACAGCGGUGCGCCUAAUUUCUGUCGCUUGAACGCCGAACAUAUUCUCUUUCAAUAUUCCGCGUGUAUGAUGUCCAAGAAAACCAUUGUGGCAAUUCCACAGCAAAGUGACUACUUAGUAGUCGGUAAUGAUUUGAAUACCAUUCCUUCUUCGCUCAGCCUCCACGCACAACCCACCACCGGCAAGAUAAUCGUGCUGAAUGGCUUCCCAGGCACAGGUAAACUCACCAUAUUAAAGCAAGCCAAAGAGCUCCUGCCCGCGGACACGACCAUCCUCAUGGACAACCACCUGCUCAUCGACCCCGUAACGGCAGUCAUACCCGACCGAAGCGAUGAACACCACGAGCUGCGCCGCAAGUUUGAGGGAAAGCAGAGUCGGUUGACCAUUCCCGACGACAGAAAGCUCGAGAGCAAGAGGGAGUCGAGCACCGGGGGGAAAGGGGGGAACUGCAGAUGCAGGUACACUAUGUGUCUGCCACCGACAGAGCCAGAACACAAGGAUACGACGCAAAUGCGGGAAGCAGAGACUAGAUCACAUUCUUCAACGGAAGGCACACACAUACAGAGUAAUAGAUUUUGGGGCAGCGGGGUCCUGGGCGUGUCGCGGCUGAUCCUCUGCCGUAUACUGCGGGAUUUCAAGGGGCUUUAAAUGUUAGAGAUGACGGUUCGACACAUUUCGGACUUUGAGGGUGGUUAAAUACCCUAUCUACUGUUAAUGUCAGUUUAGUUGGUACGAUGAUAUUAAUGUGUCUAAGGAUUUGUGCGUUACAAAUAUAUCCAUGGUUAAGAGUGAAGUGGUUAAAUUGAGUUCGGUGAGAACCAUGGGGGUACGGCAAAUGGUCAACCUCUAGUUCACAGGGUUCUGAAUUGUUGUUGAAGGUGAGUCUAUGUCACGGUCGCAUGCGUAUAAAUUGCAUGGCGUUGGAGGUGAAUUUGGCAAGAAAAGAGCUCGUCGUAGACAUUGC